GCCGGUAGGCGUGGUCUCCAGGUAGCACACGAGACCGGUGCGCAGGUGAGAGAAGAGUGAAACCCAGAGUGAGAGACCGAGUAAGGGGAAGCUACGAGCCAGCCACAGCCGACAGGCAACGCACAACGCACGCACGCUCAUCCGCAACACGCGAGAGAGACCGUGCGUGCCCUCCUCGGCCACACCGGGGUCAGUCGGGGUCCUGCUCUUACUCAGGAUACUCCGAGAGAGGAAAAAGCUCUGACAGCCGCAGCUACCUUGGAAAUCCUAGUCGCUGCUCCCGUUUAACCAUAUAUACGCGGUUGCUCCGAUCGUCCGCGAAAAGCAACAAGAGGUCGACUUUGAAGCAUCUUUGACGUUUCGAGAUUUCAAGUCUUCGAGAUUGCGAUCGGAGAGGAAAGGCAUCCGAGUGAUGGUUUACGUUCGCCACGAUCGACCUUGAUGAACCACGUGGAACGCUCCUGGAAGGAGACUCGGCGAACGGGACCUGUUUCGAGAUCGUCCGAGAGAACAUUUCCGCGGUUUUUUUUUCUUUUCGAGCCGCACGCGUGUUUCCGCGACCGGUAUCUGUGCGAUAAACGACGUGUGUCGUUUGGAAGUUUGACGUUUGCUGGAGAGAUUUGUGUGAUAUACACGGACACGUAUAGUGCCGGGAAUUGAUAUAGUGCACGAUUCUCCAUAUGAACCGCAGAGAAUUUUAGCGCAACCUUCUUGCCACGACACCUGAACGUGAUGUGUGAAGCGGUACCACGAACUUGGUACAUGAAACCGGAACUUCAUUGCAAUCCCGUUGGAGUUCCGGCGGGCGCCUUGUCACCCCCGGCCACCCUUUCGCCACCGGGUAGCCCAAGCAUAAUCACGCUGCCAUCCUCGCCUUGGAGCCCAGGUAUACCGAGGAGCAGUUCGAGCACCAUUGCCUCCGCUAAUGCACCUUCGGGCCAUUGUCAACCCGUCCCCGAUCGUUUCAGCGCCUUCACCCUCGUCUCAAAUUACAAUCCCGAUUUGAGACUGCAAAAUCUACCACUCAGCGCUACCGUUGCCGCGCGAGAUAUGCGGUGCGGACUGAUGUACGGCGGAUACGGAGCAUCCGGAGGUGCCUGGUGGGCUCGUCACAUGGGCCUGUUGCUGCCACAUUCUUUGCUCCCGCCUACAAGAAUCCCGUCCCAACAAACGACACCGGUCACAAAUUGCUCGCCCAUUCAUCCAGAACCUCUCAGUCCGGCGCGUCCCGGAUCGCCGCGAAGAUGCACGCCGGAGAAAGCCAAAUUCGAAGAGGAAGUGCCAUUGAACCUCAGCACGAAACCGAGCGACGUCUCAUCGAAUAUCGGCAACAGGAAAAGUGAAAUCUGGUCACCGGGUUCGGUGUGCGAGAGAGAGGCCAGGGAAACGAGAGCACCGUCCUCCAGGAGUCCGUCCUCGACCCCUAUAAUUACGCGGCAAAUUCAUCACUCGCCGCUUACUCCGCCUUCCUCGACGGAAAGAACUUUUCAAUGUAAGCAGUGCGGUAAAGCCUUCAAACGGUCAAGCACACUCAGCACUCAUUUGCUGAUUCAUUCUGACACGAGGCCUUAUCCCUGUCAAUAUUGUGGCAAAAGGUUUCAUCAGAAGUCGGAUAUGAAGAAGCACACCUACAUCCAUACCGGUGAGAAACCGCACAAGUGCGUGGUGUGCGGCAAGGCGUUCUCGCAGAGCAGCAACCUGAUCACGCACAUGCGUAAGCACACCGGCUACAAGCCGUUUCAGUGCGGCCUAUGCGACAAGGCGUUCCAGAGGAAGGUCGACCUGCGAAGACACCGAGAAGGUCAGCAUCCGGCGGCGCCGGCGCUCGACUAUCGCUCUCUGCAGAUUCCGCCGCAGCAGCCGAACGGCAACAGCCGGCGCACGUCACCGGUGCCGCCGCAUUCGGCGCCUUCGACGGCUUCGACGGCUUAUCGUAUGAUAUCCGUGCCCGGCAGCAGCUGAGACCCGUUCACCUGACAGACGAACGUCCUGUCCGCGAACGCAGCGGUGCUUCGAACCGAAUAAUCUCUUUCAUCCCACUCGUCUGAGCGGUACGUAUCUCCCGUCAUCGCGUAGUAGAUCGUAGCCCAUUGAAGGCGAAAUACAAACGUGAGAUCGAUCGCCGGAGAAGCGAGAUGUCGUAUAUAGAUAUGAUAUAAUCCGGACGUUGGUUGGAAAGGGUAAUGCGUUUCGAGUACGUGCAUCGUGAACGUAAAUCGUUGAAAUAGCAAAACACGAGCGUAUUUAAUAGGCGAGAAAUGUAAGAUUGAAUUUACAGUAAUUCAUUGUGUCAAAGAGGCAACUAAUUCCGGUGCUCGCUAUGUUCAACUUCAUCUUACGUCGCGAACGCUUCACAGUAAAUCGAAAAUAAGUAUGCACUUACGUGUGCACUUAUGUUAGCCACAAAAAAAAUUUAACUUCUUUAUCCGAAUAUUUCUCUCUAAAAUAACAAAUUAAAAAUUUUAAAACAAAAAAUU